CUCUACUUUAACAAAGCUCCUGACCCAAAUAAUCCAAUCUCCCCAGCUCAACCAGUAUAUUUAUCGACAAACAAACAACAACCCCCAAAGCUGGUUGCCCAACGCUCCUAUUUUCAAAACCGAACGCCCCUAUCUACAAACCCAUCAUCCCGCCGUCUCACCCAGCACCAAGAGCUCCCCAAGCUCUCCCAGGCUCAAAGCCAACCCCCGAGCUCGAACCUCACACCCCUCUCACCCCCUUCACCACCACCUCACCACCUCACCACCUCACCACCCCAAUGUCAUCCUGGGACUACAUCGCCAAGCUCGUCUGCAUCGGCGACUCCGGCACCGGCAAAUCCUCCCUCGUCAUCCGCCUCUGCGAAGGCCGCUUCUCCCCCCACCACGACGUAACAAUCGGCGUCGAAUUCGGCUCGCGCAUCGUCCCCGUCGGCCCACCCAACUACAUCGCCCCUCCCAAACCGACCCUCUCAAGUCAGCCCUCCAGCAACCCCCCAGCCGACGCAGAUACAGAUGCCCCAGAUGGAACGGAACCUAGUCCCGAACCGCCGGGGCUGCCGACGCCGCCGGUCACGAACGCAAAGUCGAAACCGGUGGUGCAGAAACAUAUGAAGCUGAGUUUAUGGGAUACCGCGGGGCAGGAAACCUAUAAAUCCGUCACCCGCUCCUAUUUCCGGGGCGCCUCGGGCGCGCUGCUAGUCUUCGACAUCUCGCGCCGUCCGACAUUCGCGCACGUCCAGGACUGGCUAGCUGACCUCCGCGCGAUCGCCGAGACGGACAUCGUAGUCGUGUUAGUGGGGAACAAAUCCGACCUCGCUGCGGGCGAGGAGAAUAAGCGCGAAGUGACGGUAGCGGAGGCGGAGGAGUGGGCGGCGAAGAAUGGGGUGCUGGAGUAUGUGGAGACGAGUGCGAAGAGUGGGGAGGGCGUGGAGAGGGCGUUUGCGAGGGUGGCGGAGAGGAUUUAUGAGAAUAUUGAGGCGGGGAAGUAUGAUUUGUAUGAUAGGCGGUCGGGGGUUAAGGGGCCGGGAACGGGGCAGCAGGGGAGGGUGAAGUUUGGGGGGGAGUCGGGGAAGGCGGCGGCGGGGGGGUGUUGUUGA